GUGGCCGCCGAAGGAGGAAGUUCCGCUCCCUGACAGACCCGUGCGGUAGCAACAGCGGCGGCGGCGGCCGUUGGAGCCGAGGGCUCAGUCAGGUAUUUUGGACGCGAUCGCCCUUCGCGCCGGCCGUCGAGGGGACAGCGGCGGAGCCUGCCCGGCGGCGGCGGCCGAGAGCGUCUUCCUGCCACUUCACGCCGCGCGGCUGCUGGCUCUUCGCCGCGAGGUGGGAGAAAUUUCCUCCCUCUUCUCAGACUUCCGAGGAGAUCGGUGUUUUUUUUUUUUUUUUUUAAUUAUUAUUAUUAUUUUUUACUACCGCGAAGGUUAACAGAUCUGGAAGAGAAGCGUCAGGGGAGAUUAAGUGACUCUUCGACAACUCGUCGGAUCUCGCCAGGCUCCCUUUUGGGGCGAGAGACCCCAUUCAGGCAUCUCAGUGGGGUGCAGGCAUGGAGGAACCCACCUUGGAGCUUAUCUGCAGUGUGGCUUGCCUGGUCUUCUCUUAGGAAUGAAGAGGAGACUUGCGAGAACCCGAUGAGGCGCUGACGGCCAAAUGGCAAAGAAGCUACCACAGGACCUUGAAGUAGAGAGCGUUCGGGCGGCCGCGCAGGUUUCUGAAUGUAAUUGAAGGAGUGUGAAAGAGGUGAUCUCUUAAAAAGCACAAGAAUCCUUCAAGGGAGGCCAGAUCGAGCCCCCUCCCGCCGCCGCCGCCCCCCUCCCCCCUUUUCGGCCAAGAUUGUGAAAACCGUUGGAUGUGUUGCACACUUGGGCUAAGAUGAGAACUUGAUGCGGUGUUCUGUCCAAGAGCGAAGACGAUGACCGCCCCAGCCCUGCUGCCUCUGUCUGGACGUAGGAUACCGCCUCUGAACCUGGGGCCGCCCUCCUUCCCGCAUCACAGGGCUACCUUGAGACUUUCGGAGAAGUUCAUCCUUCUGCUUAUUCUUAGUGCCUUCAUCACCCUGUGUUUUGGGGCAUUCUUCUUCCUUCCAGACUCUUCGAAACACAAACGCUUUGAUCUGGGUUUAGAAGACGUGUUAAUUCCUCACGUAGAUUCCGGUAAAGGGGCUAAAAACUCUGGAGUCUUCCUGAUCCAUGGACCGGAUGAACACAGGCACAGGGAAGAAGAAGAACGUCUGAGAAAUAAAAUUCGAGCUGAUCAUGAGAAGGCUCUAGAAGAAGCAAAAGAAAAAUUGAGAAAGUCAAAGGAGGAAAUCCAGGCAGAAAUUCAGACAGAGAAAAAUAAGGUAGUCCGAGAAAAGAAGAUCAAAGAAAACAAGUCACUGCCACCAGUCCCUCUUGCAAACCUUGUAGGAAUAAGUGGUGGGGACCCAGAAGAUAAUAACGUAAAAAAGAAAAGGGAAAAAAUUAAAGAGAUGAUGAAGCAUGCCUGGGAUAAUUACAGGGCAUAUGGAUGGGGACAUAAUGAACUCAGACCUAUUGCAAGGAAAGGACAUUCCACUAACAUAUUUGGAAGUUCACAAAUGGGUGCUACUAUAGUAGAUGCUUUGGAUACCCUUUAUAUCAUGGGACUUCAUGAUGAAUUCCGGGAUGGGCAAAACUGGAUUGAAAAUAACCUUGACUUCAGUGUGAAUUCAGAGGUGUCUGUGUUUGAAGUCAACAUUCGAUUUAUUGGAGGCUUACUUUCUGCAUAUUACCUUUCUGGAGAAGAGAUAUUCAAGACUAAAGCAGUACAAUUGGCUGAGAAACUCCUUCCUGCUUUUAACACGCCUACUGGGAUUCCCUGGGCAAUGGUGAAUCUGAAAAGUGGAGUUGGGCGAAACUGGGGCUGGGCUUCUGCAGGUAGCAGCAUUUUGGCUGAAUUUGGUACACUACAUAUGGAGUUUGUCCAUCUCAGCUACUUGACAGGAAACCUGGUUUACUACAACAAGGUCAUGCAUAUUAGGAAACUGCUUCAGAAAAUGGAUCGUCCAAAUGGUCUUUAUCCAAAUUAUUUGAACCCAAGAACAGGGCGCUGGGGUCAAUAUCAUACAUCCGUUGGUGGUCUGGGAGACAGUUUUUAUGAAUACUUACUAAAAGCUUGGUUGAUGUCAGAUAAAACAGACCAUGAGGCGAGAAAGAUGUACGACGAUGCUAUUGAGGCAAUAGAAAAACAUCUUAUUAAAAAAUCCCGUGGAGGUCUUGUCUUCAUUGGAGAAUGGAAGAAUGGUCACUUGGAAAAGAAGAUGGGGCAUUUGGCCUGCUUUGCUGGGGGAAUGUUUGCUUUAGGAGCAGAUGGUUCCAGAAAGGAUAAAGCUGGUCACUACCUAGAACUAGGGGCAGAAAUUGCACGUACAUGUCAUGAGUCAUAUGACAGAACUGCCUUAAAGCUAGGUCCUGAGUCAUUCAAAUUUGAUGGUGCAGUGGAGGCUGUGGCUGUCCGGCAGGCUGAAAAGUAUUACAUCCUCCGUCCAGAAGUAAUUGAAACUUAUUGGUACCUAUGGAGAUUCACUCAUGAUCCCAGAUACAGGCAGUGGGGCUGGGAAGCAGCACUGGCUAUUGAAAAACACUGCCGAGUCCGUGGUGGGUUUUCUGGGAUCAAGGAUGUAUAUUCCUCUACUCCUACACAUGAUGAUGUACAGCAGAGCUUCUUUCUUGCUGAAACAUUGAAGUAUUUGUAUCUGCUGUUCUCCAAUGAUGACCUUUUACCUUUAGACCAUUGGGUAUUUAACACAGAGGCACACCCUCUGCCUGUGUUACAUUUAGCCAACACCACACUUUCAGGUAAUCCUGCUGUUCGAUGAAAGCAGCUCCGGAGGACCAUUCUUACCUGUGUUUUGUUUACAUGGACCACUACAGAAAUUAGUCUGGAGAGGCGGCUUUUGAAAACCUGGACCUCUUAAGUCAACACGACAGGGUGAAACUAUUCCCUGCAAGACUUUCAACAUGUAGAUACAUCAACUUUGAAAUUAUUCCAUUUUAUACUUGACCAAAAUAUGCUCUGGUACAUGUAGGGCAGAGAGCUGAUAUGCUUUGAUUCUGAAAAUAUGGUCACAAGAGAGAUGAAGCCUAUUACUAUUAUAUUGUUUUUAGAGUCCUGAAGUCUAGAGACUAGACUUCCUAAGAGCAAACGAAGACUAUAGAGCACCUUGCAGGAGUCAGAGGUGGCUAUGGAACCACUUCCAUGUUUAUUUCUUCCCUCAGUGGAGCAGUUUUCAAGUCAAAUAUAUGCACAUUAUUUUUCCCUUUUUUUCUCCAUUUUAACAAUGAAAUGAACUAAGAUGAACAAGAACAAAAGAACUAUGUAAUUGGAUUAGCAGAAAGAAGACUCCAAAAAGAAACAGAAGUACCUAUCCCUGUCUGAAUGUUCAAGUUCUCCAUUGGAUGACCAGAGUGGCAAUCAUUUCAGAAUCCCAGUCUAUUUCACUGAAAUUCUUGAUUAAAUUCCAUUUUCUCUGGGGGGCAUGAUCUGGCAAAUAAUACUCUUCUAGUCUUUUUCUCCAUAUGGAAUCAUUAAAAUUACUGUUUAUCAUAACCACCAUGAGCCUGGGUUUGGGGUUUUGUGCAUGUAGUUCAGUCCAGUGUUCAUAGCAUGACAAAAAAGUGGGGGAAGUAAUGAGCUGGUUGCAUUGAACUCUGUUCUAAGAGAAGUCCUUGGUUUUGUUGGUAGGAAGUUUUUUUCCAAACCAGCAAAUCUACCAAGUAAAUUUUACCUGCUUUAAUCUCAUAAUAAAGCUAGCAGAUUCACUCAACUUACAACUUUAUUUAUUUCACUUGGCAAGAUUCACUAUUCUAUCACAUAGUUCUGAAUUUGCCCUGAUAAUUCAAAUUAUUUUAUACUUUAUUAAAGCAAAAACAAAACAAUGAAGCUUCCUUAAAUAUUCUGUCUGGAAUGGGGAGAGCAGGUCCUUUUUCACACCAGAUGAAUGAACUGUUUUCAAACACUUUGCUUAUUUAGUUUCUCCAAGAAUAUUUAUAGAAAUCCAAAGAGUUAAUAGCUUCAAAAUAAUUUUCAGUGAUAAAAGUAUGGUGUAAUUAAUCCUGUUACACCAAAUUGGGGUACAUCAAAGGGACUUUCUUUUAUCAGUAGUUUUUGCAUUGAUAAUUCUUUUUAAAUAAAUUACUGGUUCUUUAUAUUUUGGUAGAAAGAACUUAAAUUUUGUCAAGAACUAUAACAUAAGAUAAAUACCUAAUACUUACAAAUUUUAUGUCUCUUAGAUUUUUGUGACAAUGCAAGACAUUUUUUCUCCUUUCAUUUAAUAUAAACAGUUUCCAUUGACAUUAAUAAAAGUUGGAAAAAAUCUGCUUAGUCCAACAUUUACUGUGAAUUUGAGUAUUUCAUGAAACAGGUUUGUAUAGGAAGCCCACUUAGGAAUUCUGAAGGCUUCUUUCUUUAUUUGAUAGCUUCUCUUUUUAAUCUUCUGUUAACAGGUAAUAUAUUAAAAUUGGAAAGAAAUAGUAAGUUAAUAUAAUUAAAUAUUUUCUAAAUAAUCAGCCCAUAAAUCAAUCCAGUCAUUGAUCCAUAGUGAUUGCCAUUAUAGAAUCUUUCAAUAAGAAUGGAGAGCAGUUAAGUCUUUAAGAGAAUUGAAUUUUAGUACGUUUUAAAUUAUAGCAUUUUUUACUACUUGAAAAUUAAACAAUUUUAAAUGAAAAAUGUAGAUAACUUUACCUUAGAAGAGAAACGGGAAGUUUUAGGCUCUCCAAAGAAAGUUAGCCUUCCUCCUAAAAAUAGCACAAGCCCACUUACAAAUCAUCAGUAAAAGAGUGGAAAACUUGAGUUGGCAAAGACCCAGAGCAGCUGUGAAGAUGGCAGUGAACCUUCUCUCACUUUGUUUAGAAGGGCGUGGAGUUAGGGGCUAUCUUAGCUCCCUGGGAAGAGAGCAGAACCCUUGCCCUCAAGUGCUCUGUCUGUAUUACUUGGGUGACUGGAGCUUAAGAGAAGACACAGAUUGUGUUGUGUGUGUGUGUGUGUGCGCGCACAUGCGCAUGCACAAGACCCAUGCAAGGGAUCCAGGAGGGCCAGUGGAAGGGUCUUCUUCUCCAGUCCCUACCUUCUUUGUGAUCAUAAGACUACAGCUUCUAGCAAUGCUUCCAUUUUGUUUUUUGUUUUUUUUUUUGUUCUCUUAAUACCAAAGGCAAUUAAAGUCGGCUACAAAUGAUUUGCCUGUGUCAUAUUUUAUUUUUGGUAUAGAUUUUUAAAUUAUUUCCUCAAAGGUCAGUCCUUAUCCCAUAUUCUGCUUCGUUUUCAGGAUUAUUCUUUACAUCGUGCUGUCCUUCAUAACCCGUCAUAGACCUUAUUACUCAGGUUAAAUACUCAUUGCAUUUAUAAGACCUUCGGCAGAGAGCCCAAAAAUGCUCCUUGCCAGGUGCCUCCUCAAAGAGCUGACACCUCACCUUGCGCCUUUGGCACAAAUGUGCAGAGUAGAUAGAUCAAUUGGUACAAAAAUGUUGAAUGCCCCUCUUCUACAUUUAUAUCUCUUCAUUUUAGAAUCACACUGUUUGAUUCAAACCAGGUUUGUUUGUUUUAUAAUUCAGCCAGUAUAAGCUUGUUAAAAUCAAGAGAAUGGUAUUCUAGCCAAAAGGAGGCCUCGGUGCAGAAAAAUAAGUCCCCCGUCAGUGAGUUCUACUUUCUGGUGCUCUUUUGAACACCUGCUUAUUCCUACUUGUAGCAGAUGCUUAUAUGUAAGAAUAAAACCUGGAUGUUGAAGGACUGCAUUCUUUUUGUGCAGUAUUGACCCUGAUUCUGUGAUGUCAUCUGGGGCAAUCCAGCCUUCACUUAGUAGAUUUUAAUCAGCCAGUUUGAAAUUGUGAUCAUUAACCUCUCAUCUGUACUCUCCAUUGCCAAAGUCUUUGUCAAAACUCUAAAACAGUUGACAAAGGAUUGCGCUUACCGUUCUCGUUAGAAUGCAGUUUCUCCUUCAGCCUGGAUUUCUUUGAGUGCAUGAGUAGGUGAGAGAAUGAGUGGUCAGCAUUUGUGGAGCACCUGCCAUGUGCCAAGCAAUGUGAUGGCACUUUGAAGCAUUAGAAUAUUCUAUGAGAUUCCAAUGGCAUUUUCUGUGUGAGAGUAGUUCGUGCCAUUUUCCAAUAUGAAUAUUAUAAAAUCCAUAAUUUUAUAUUUCAUUUAAAUUAAAGAGGAAAAGAAUGAUUUAUAAUAUAUUUUAAGCAAUGUAUUACUGUAUAAUACUAACAACUAUAAUUGUAGUUAGUAUCUAAAAUCCCUUGAGAAAUAU